GGCAGCUGCGGGCACUCAGGGGCUGGAUUCCUGGUCUGGAGGGGAGGAUGCCCGGCGCAUGCAGUGCCCUCGUCAGAGAGCGGCAGGGGCUGGGUGGUGCCGCUCAGUGAGGCUCGGAGCAUGAACCUGCAGACAGGGAGAGAAAGGAGAUCCCAGUAUAAACCAGUAUAACGGCAGCUUCAGAGCGGGGAGGAGCAGUGGAGCUCCCAGUAUAAACCAGUACAGGGAGGCUGCUGCUGCUGCUGUAGGACUGGGACCCUCCCAGUUCUCCCAGUGUAAGGCGAGGGAGUGGAGAUCCCAGUCUCAGCCCAGAGGCUUCCCUAGACCCUCCCGCGGAUGGAGGAGCCCCCGGCGAGGCGGCCUGGGGCCGUGGGCUGCUGGCGCUGCUUCUGGGAGUUCUGGAACUACGAGACCCCCAAAGUCAUCGUGGUGAAGAACCGCAACCUCGGCAUCAUGUACAGAGGGGUGCAGCUGCUGAUCCUGCUCUACUUCAUCUGGUACGUGUUCAUCAUCCAGAAGGGCUACCAGGAGAGCGAGACGGGCCCCGAGAGCUCUGUGCUCACCAAGGUGAAGGGCGUCACCCGCUCGCACAGCAAGGUCUGGGACGUGGAGGAGUACGUCAAACCCGCUGAGGGCGGCAGCGUGUUCAGCAUCCUCACCCGGGUGGAAGUCACCCACUCCCAGACUCUGGAGCGCUGCCCCGAGAGCCUGGAGGUCCCUCACGCCGCCUGCAGCUCCGACAGCGACUGUGUGGCUGGGGAGAUGGACAUGCUGGGGAACGGAGAGAGGACGGGGCGCUGCGUCCCCUAUUACAGCGGGCCGGGGAAGACCUGCGAGGUUACCGCCUGGUGUCCAGUGGAAGACGGACGGACGGUCAGCGAGUCCCUGGGGAAGAUGGCCGCGCAGUUCACCAUCCUGAUCAAGAACAACAUCCACUUCCCCCGCUUCGGAUUCUCCAAAGGGAACGUGAAGGGCGAGAAGAGCGGCUACCUCAAAGGCUGCACCUUCAACGAGACCUCUGACCUGUACUGCCCCAUCUUCCGCCUGGGCUCCAUUGUGGAGCAGGCAGGAGAGAACUUCACCGCGCUGGCCGAACGGGGCGGCGUUAUUGGGGUGAUCAUAAACUGGAACUGUAACCUGGACCUGCCCGACUCCGCGUGCAACCCCAGCUACUCCUUCCGCAGGCUGGAUCCCAAGAGCAUUCAGGUGUCUUCUGGCUACAACUACAGGUUCGCCAAAUAUUACAACUGCAACGGGACGAACACGCGGAGCCUGAUCAAGGCCUAUGGGAUUCGCAUCGACGUUAUUGUUCAUGGCCAGGCAGGGAAGUUCAGCCUGAUCCCCACCAUCAUUAACCUGGCCACGGCGCUGACCUCGGUGGGAGUGGGCUCCUUCCUCUGCGACUGGAUCUUACUGACCUUCCUGAACAAAAACAAUGCGUACAGCGCCCGGAAAUUCGAUCAGAUGCAGCCGCUUGGCACCUCGAGAGCCAGUGCCCAGAGACCAGGCCGGAUGGGCUCUCCCUGCCCCUGCUGGCUCUGGGCGUUCCUUGCAGGAGCCGGGCACCGCAGCCUGCCUGACGAGCCACCCCACGGGCCUUCCCCUGGUCGUUCUCCAUACCCCGGGCCCUGGGGUGGGGCCAUGGAGCGAGGCCCAGGCACUAACCGCCCCAUCUCUCCUCUGUCUGGCCAGGACAGGACCCCGGCCCCAAGCUGCAGCGGUAACGCCUGCACCACCCAGGCCUCCUCGCCGGCCAACCCCCAGGGCCCCGGCCAGCUCUGAGCUGCCUCUGCCCCCCACCUGCUGCUGUGGCUGGACUGGAGAGUGCGGGGACACUGCCACAGGGCAGGCUGAGUGGGACUGGAGGGGUGAGGACCAGGAGACCCCCGGCCCAAUCCGGAUUUCACCGCGUGGGCAGCAGAGUUCCCGGAGAGCCUCAGCUUCCCUGCGACUCUCUGCAGGGCUUGGGGAGAGUGAGCCCCGGCCCAGACAGGCCCCCAGCGCUAAGCCGAACAGCCGCACAGGCACCCUGGAGCCUUGGACAGAUCCCGGGGCAGGGCCAGACCCCCACGGGGGCAGCGUGGGACAGGUACCUGCCCCGUUCUACACCCCCUGCUCUGCCGGCGCCAGCCCCUCCCGCAGUGAACGUGCCCAGUGGGCUGUGAUGGGGCGACAGGUCAGCCCCAGGAGCCCAGCCACAGAGAGGCUGGUCUGUGCAGGCCGCAGCCGCCUCCCCGGGCCCAGCCGGCUCUUGAACUCGCACUGACCAGGGUGUCACUUGGGUCGCUGGGUGCCAUGAGCUGAGGGAGCACGUGGGUACUGGCCUCUCCCGGGGCAUCACCUCUUCCCUGCUACUCUCCCCCUAAGGGAGCCCCCCCUGCCCCGCCCCAGGCUCCUCUUCCUCCACAGCUGCUCCCCCCAUUUCCCCUGCUGUGCUGGAGCCUGCUCACCCCAUGGAACUGAGGCUGUGAAACCUGCUCUCACGCUCCCAUGAGCCACCCACAAACCCGGCCAUGCCCACUCAUGGCCACUCAUCCUUCUGGCUGGCUUUGAGCAGCAGCAACGUACUGACAUUUGAAUAGUCGUCUUUAGGUUUCAGAGGUAACGCGCCAUUGAGAUGACAUCACCUCUCUCAGAGCUGCUGUUUCAGGCUCCCUGCAGACUCCGGCAGAGUUCACAGCAUCAGUGACACGUGGGUCGUAUUUUGAAGGGUUUUGUUACAAUACUAAGGGCUAGAGAUUUAAUUGGAGUGCUCAGGGAUUGGGGGGGGUCAGGUUUUUGGGGCCCAGCUUGAGACACCUCAUUUUCCAGGAAGUGCAGAGCCCCUGUCCUGUGUAAAACUGCCCAGGCUGAGCACCUGAAAAUGGAGAUGCCCCCAAAUCCAAAGGUGGAUUUACAGUAAAACACAGGGGGUCCUGGCAUGGGGACCCCAGGGACAGGGGGGCCCAGGGACAGGCAGCUGUGGGGGGCAGAAGCUUGGUCCUGCUGGCUCCUGGGGCUCCUGCUGCAGGCUCCGCACCCACCAG